AUGGCUAAUCUUCCUAACCUGCGACGUCUCUUCGUCGAGGCGCGCACUGAAGUCGAAGAGAAUGAGUACUCUCGGACAGCGUUCUACAACCUAGUCCUCUUCAUUUCAUCCAUCGCGGUCUUUAGCUUGGCAGCUCAGCGCAUGAGUGGACAAAAGGCCUGCCGGUGA